UACAUACAAAUUUGAGAUGCAUAACAUAAUGCCUUAAUUAUGAAACUGAGGUGAGACAACCAAUCAGCUGAUAAAUUCCUGUCAGUCAGAAAUGGUCAAAGAUCAAACACAUACACACGUUAACAUGUUUUCAAAUAUGUCAAAUACAAAUAUCCUAUCUCCCCACACUCUCCUUUUAAUUUCCUCACCCACACAACUUCCCCAUUCCCGGGUGAUUCUCCAUCCCUUCUUGCGACGGUAAUGUCCCACAGUGACAGCCAGUGACACCUACAAUCCUUCUCUAAGAAAAUUAUGUGACGGGUCAUCACACAUGCAUAAAUGAUAGAUUUCCCUGAAACACAAAGCAUUGCAAUGUCUAAACGCGUAUAUAUUCCUACCUAGUAUACUUGUCCUUUGUCUUCUACCGUAGAAUCCAAAUGAUUUUGAACGACAUAGGUAGGUAAAUACUGAACAUGAAUAAUGAAAGAUAUACGGUAUUUCAGACGGUUUAUUGACGAGUCGAGUGGGAAGCAUCUCGCGCCCCACACAAACAGAGAGAGAGAGAGAGAGUAUUAUAGUUGAGCGUACGCCAACCGACUAUCGUUUUUUAAAUUUGUAUGUAGUACCUCUACAGUAAACAGUGAACACAAAUAAUUCCUGGAAGUAGGAACUGACAACUCUGCACCGAUGUAGUGCUUUCCCCCACGGCAGUAGGCUGCAUUUCAAACUAUUUCCACCCUGGCUGCAUAUUUCUGGCAAAAAGCAGCGGCAAAUUACCCCAUGUAAACCCAUCUUACAGGAAUGAGUGUCUCAGUGGCUGAAGCUGUAUCAUGAGCAGGCAUGAAAGAAUGUAAAUAACUUUGUUUACAUUCCUUGUCGCAACCCAGCCAGCACGUGACUCCCUGCCACUGCCAGCUGCAAGGCCUGCAACAACAGUCUAUUCUAUACUCAGUAGCGUCUGUGACAGUGCCGAGAGCAGUAUGGGGACCGUUACCCUUCCCAAGAGACAACUACCCACACCACACCAGCAAGUGUCUUACAGCAACAGUGCAAACAAGCCGGAUUAUAAAGUCCUAUUCUACAUCCCAAACAUUAUUGGUUAUGUACGACUCUGCCUCCUCUUGCUUGCCUUCUGCUUUCUGUCUUCCUCUCCUGUUUGGUUUGUCAACUUCUACAUCGCAUCCAUUGUGCUCGAUGCCUUUGAUGGGUUUGUGGCGCGUAAGCUGCAGCAGUGUUCACUCUUUGGAGCUUGGAUGCUGUACAUUGUAUCUGCUUUGGAGUGGGCAACAUUCUGCUGUAAUUAUGCCAUGGGAGCGGAGUGGCGGCAGACAUUUGUGCGGGGCAAGAAGGAGGUGCCUUGGAUGAUAGCCUACAUUAUGGCCAACAACUGGCGGAAUCCACUGGGUGUGUGGGUGAUCUCAGGCCUCCAUGUGUUUCCUCUGUGGCUGUUUGGCUUGCAGUAUGGAGUGUUCAUGUCCCAUCUAAGUUUUCUUCCAUAUAGCAUCCAGAUGGCAGGCCUGGUUGUUCUGGGUAGUGGCCGUCUGGUCUGUGGCAUUACAGAAGUGUGGUGUUUGUGUUCCCACAUUUCUAGCAUCUUGAUUAACUCUUCCUCUCCAAAGUGAAGGUUUGAUGCAAGCUACUGAAGCCUCUUUUAGCCAUCAGUUAUGUAUGUAUAAUUUACAGAAAUGGUAUGUAUGAAAAUGAUUUACAACAGUUUUAUGAAAUAUCACAAAUCUUUCUAUUAAAAUGUUAUUCAUUAUGUCAUACACUGCAAGGCUUCCAGUAAUUAGACAUGCGUAUCAAGUGUCUUCAUUGAGUCCUCUUCAUUAUUUUGAAGGGUUGAAUUCAUGUUUACAUAUUUCACUCUGUCAUUUGAUGGCAGCUUGACCACAUGAUCGGGUGCAGCUUGUCAAUUGAUUUCUUUGGCAUUUUAGAUUAUUAUGUCCCAUGUCUUCCAUAGUCUUCUCAUUGUCACUACUGAACACUUCAAAUGUUUACAUGUUUAAUGAGCCUUCCUUCCUUUCCAUGUGGCUAAACCCUGCAGUCCGUCCCUUGCCAUCGCUGAUGAUCUCAGUUCCAUUGUAUAUAUAAAUCUUUGUCUUUCAUUCCUAACAGGUUGUAUAUGUAUAUCAUGCAUACAUUUGAUUUUAUAUAUGGAAUCUCCUUUAAUGCAUAGAACUAUAGAUACUAUAUUCACAUAAGCUGGAUUCUUAGUACUUAGGCAAAUUUGUAAUGACAUAGUUGAUUGGCUGAACCAAAACUAAAACCAAUUUUCUUCCAUCUUGUUAAUUCCUUACAGUACCUCUUGAUUCUACAGUCACUGAUAAGAUUUACAGUGUUAACCAAAACUGUUUUUUCUGUAUAUGAAGUGAGCUAUGGGAUAUAAUAUAGAAACAUGUCUCACUCCAACAUGCAAGGACAAGAUGUAGUCUGAUGGGAGUGCUAGUGAGGGGAUGACGCAACCAAUGAGCUAUGGCCUGUGACUUUACAAAUCUGCCGAGACACCAAGAAUCUACCUUAAAUAAAUGUAGUAUAGCAGAUUUUUUUCUUCGUAUGUUUAUUGCAUUUUGUACAUAUAAAUGUUACCAUUUUAAUGUUAUGAAUGGGUUUUAGAGGCUCAAAAAAGUUCCAGUAGUACUAGUAUCUGUGAACUUAUUACUUACUGUUAUCCAGAUGCCAAUGAUGAACUUAUAGUUACAAAAACCAAGGCCAGGUAUAGAGUUGCCUUAAUGAUAUUACAAUGUAACACACCCAUAAUGCAUUUCUAUGUGAUGUAGAUACAUGUAUACAUGUAUAUAGUCAACAAAUGGUAAUCCUGCAUUACAGUGGUGCACACAGUUUACUUAAGGCCUCCAAGCAAGCACAAAAGUUGGGCUGGAGCAAAUCAACUUUUUUUGCUAUCAUAAAUGCAUCUUUUCUCUUCACACACACCUAUACCAACAAUGGUCAGUGUUAAGCAGGUCACCUGUGUCCGUGUUCAUUGUAUCUUGGCUGACGUGUGAUCAGGUCUGUUCUUAAGGUGCGUUCACACGAUCGAACAAUGUUCGACGGACAUAAUUGUUACCAACUAGCAGUGGAAAGCGAAAAGGCUCGCUGAUGACGUCAGAAGCGAGCACCAAGUGGUGUACCGGACACUGUCCGUGUUCGCAGCAUCGAAACGUCACACACUGUCUGGUGUGGAAGUAUACAAUGCUGCCAGGUACACGAUGAACAAAGUCACUUGGUUACAGGAUUUUCAAAGUCCGUCAGUUCACUAGGUCUCAAUUGUCCUGUUAACAUGGCCAGCAGUACCUCAGUCAAGGAGAAAAGUUGCCACUGGGACAGAAAAGAGACCCUGCUACUAAUAAAACUAUACCGGCAAAAUCCAUGCUUAUGGAAUGUCAAGGCUGAUGUGUACAAGGAUAGGAACAAACGUGUCGCGACCAUCAAUGAAAUAACGGCGGGAAUGAA